CGAUUUUAAAUCAUCCUUAAUUUUACCAUUUCUAACCACAAUGCCCAUCCCCCACAUUUAUUCUCAUAUAUGUACAAAUAUAGUGACAAACAUUUGAAGGUGUAAAUUAACUUAAAAAGAACUCCCUCGUCCCAUUCAAGCUCUUGAAAAUCAACAACAAUGGAGUCUAUAACCAUCCAUUCCUCCUCAACCAUCAUUCCUAACCUCCCAACUCCCAAUCUCACACUUUCGUUAUCAGAGGCUGAUCAAUUUAGGGCAUGGGCUUACUCUACAACCGUCUAUGUCUACAAAUUCCUCGACGCUGCCGUCGUUGUUGACACCUUAAAAAGCUCCCUAAGCGAAAUCCUUGUACCUUACUACCCUUUUGCCGGACGCCUCCGCUUGAUCGUUGGUAGUCGAUUCGAGCUCCACUGUUGUGCUGCAGGUGCCUUAUUCAUCGAAGCUUCCUAUGGUGGAACACUCGAUGAUUGCAGUGACUUCACACACGCUGAUGGGUUAAGAAAACUCACUCCUAAGGUAGAUUAUAAUUCACCGAUCGAAGAUGUACCAUUGUUUGUUGUUCAAGUGACGAGAUUCAGUUGUGGUGGACUUGUUAUUGGCCUCAACGUUUCUCACACUCUCGUCGAUGGGGUCUCUGCCAUUAUGUUCAUAAACUCGUGGGCCAGCAUUGCACGAGGGGAGAAGACGGCAAAGAGUAUCUUGCAACCGUCACAUGAUCGAAAUGUUCUUCAAGCACAAAAACCGUUUUCCCCGCCACGAUUCUUCCACUAUGAAUACCACGUAUUGCCAUUUGUCAUAGGUUGCUCCGACUAUAAGGAGGAGAAGAUGAAAUAAACCAAAUUCGCAUUGUUGAAACUUACCAAGGAGCAAGUGGAAAAGCUAAGAAUGAGAGCAAAUUCUUCAAAUCCAACUAAUCAAAACAUCGAGAAAUCGGUAGAUGUCAAUGAAGUACUACUGCAACCAUCUCCAUACAGUCGAUAUGAAUCGAUCACGGGACACAUAUGGGUGUGUGCAAGCAAAGCUCGUAACAUCAACAAUGACAAGAGCAACCUAUCAACAAUGGUUCAAAUAGUUGUUAACGUAAGACAACGACUUAGGAAACCCAUCCCUAAAAACUUUUGUGGAAAUGCAGCCUUGAUUAGCGUAACUCUGCAGUCCAAUUUUGGGGAGUUAAUGUCUCAACCAUUAAGCUAUUCUGCCAAAAAGAUAAGAGAAGCAUCAUGGAAGAUGACUGAUGAAUACGUGACAUCAGCGAUAGACUUUCUAACAACACAUGAGGACAUAUGUUGGACGAGAACAUCGUCGUCAUCUUCUUCCUCCAUUGUUCAAGUUAGAAACACAUACUUGGGCAACCCAAAUUUAUCUGUAGUGUCGUGGUUGUCAAUGCCAAUAUAUGACGCUGAUUUCGGGUGGGGACACCCAGAUUAUGUUGGACCAUUAAUGUUAGAUUGUGAUGGAGAGACAUUCAUCAUGCCAGGGCCAAACAAUGAUGGUUCGAUUAUUGUAGCAAUACAGUUGCAUAUGAAGCAUAUGGAGGAUUUCAAGAAGUUUUUCUAUGAAGAUCUUUGAAAAGGGUUUAGAUUGACGGUCUGUAUAAGGUUAAUUUACCAAAAAAAACCAAAAAAAGCCCUCAACUUUACCUUUA